CAGUUUGAAUAGUCGUUCACAUUGUUACCAUGUCCAUAAUGAAAGAUUGGGCUAUGAUACUAUUCAAACUUGCUAAGCUUUAUCGAGAUCGCAUGUUGCCUUUUAUUUAGCAUAUUCAAAUUUUAUCUUCAUUGUAUCAUAGUUAAACUAAAAUUGGUUUCAACAUCUUACUGAUGUUAAAUUUAAACAUUUGUUUGUUUAGAGUUUUAGGUUCUUUAGGAUUUUUAGCUGCAGGUAUGACAAUAUUUGUGGUAGCAGAGAGUGUUGGAAACUGAAUUGGACUUUCAAAAUGGUACGAAUACUCCGAAUACUGAAAUGGACAUGGUUUUGUUUUAUACUUCCCGUUGAAGGAACACAACGUAAUGCGACAUGUUUCGACAACUGUAACUGCUGUAAGAGUAAUGUAUGUCAUACUGUGCAUUAUAGCAAUCAUACUUGGAUGAAUGUUUGCUCACACGGAUGCAUCGAUGGUCAUAGGGGCGCUAGAUGUUACGAGCUUUGUACAUACAAUAAUUGUGUAUCGUGUGAAAUGGACGUGAAUAUAUGUACUGUUUGUAAGGACGGCUUUUAUAAUAAAGAAGGGUCGACCACAUGUCCGUACUCUCUUUGUCCAAACAAUUGUAAGUGCAAUGAUGGUAAAACAUGUACAACAUGUAAAAACGGUUUCUUUGAUACAGGCAACGACUGUAAUAAAGAAUGUCCGUCUAACUGUUUGACCUGUUCAUCUAGAGAAAUAUGCAACGAGUGUAAAACAGGAUUUUAUAACGGGUAUGAAUUUGUCAAUAAUGUUAAACAGUUGUUCAAUAAUUGCACAUUUAAAUGCAUCGACAGCUGCAAAGAAUGUAAAUCAUAUGGCAGCUGUUUGCAAUGCGUUAAGGGAAAAUAUGGCCCAACAUGUCAAAAUAAUUGCUCGAUUGGGUGCAGAGGCCAAACAUGCGAUAUUGAAUCUGGUAAUUGUAUAUGCUCCUCAAACUUUGAUGGUGACAAAUGCACGGAUUGUGUUUCUACAAAAUAUGGAACCUAUUGUAACGAGACAUGCCCUGAAAGCUGCAAAAAUAGUAAGUGUAACAAGACUUCGGGGUAUUGUAGUGAAGGUUGCAUCACAGAUACAAUAACUGGGGAAACUUGUAAUGUUUGUGCACUCGGGAUGCACGGAAUAGUUUGUAACAAAACGUGUCCUUUAAAUUGCAAAGGUAAAACGUGUAACCGAAAAUCUGGAUUCUGUUCUCGGGGAUGUGAAAACAACUUUGAAGGUCCAUUUUGUGACACCUGUAUACAAGGAAAGUAUGGUACAUCAUGUAAACAAAAUUGUUCAUUGAAAUGUACAAAUGCUUUAUGUGAGAAAGAAACUGGAAAUUGUUUUAGCUGUAUCGCCAAUUUUGAUGGGGACAUGUGUAACACAUGUAGAAAUGGAUUUUAUGGGCUUAAUUGUAUAAGUUUAUGUCCUUCUCAAUGUUUCAACAAAUCGUGUGAUAUUAAUGGCGGACAAUGCGAUUUUGGCUGCACAUUUAAUUAUUUCGGAGAUAAAUGUUGUGUAAAGAACGACAAGUGCAUAGAAUGCUCCUCUGACACGGAAUGCCAAAAAUGUAAAUCUGGUUAUUUCAGUAAAUUGUGUCAGAAAAGGUGCCCUGUUAACUGUCUAGAUUCAUGUGAUAUCUCAUCGGGCGUUUGCAGCGAUUGCAUAAUAAACCAUUUUGGACCCUUCUGCAAAUUGAAAUGUUCUCAAAAUUGCAAUGUAUCACGAAGCAGGGCCACACGUGACUGUGCGUCAUCCGACGGAAUAUGUAUGUUUGGUUGUAAACAAGGUUUUUUCGGUCUUAAAUGUAAUGAGACAUGUAGCAGCCUUUGCAUCGACACCCUGUGUAGGCAAGAGAGUGGUAUUUGCGUAAAAGGUUGCACAGGAGCAAAUGACGACCCGAUGUGUGUACUGAGUUUAGGGAAACCACAAGAUGUAUCCGACAAGAAAUCAACAACUGCAUAUGUUGUUUUUGCAACACUCUUUGCGGUUACUUCCACGGCAUUAUUUGUUCUUAUUUUGAAGAAACUAAUAAAGAAAACACGUUUCUCAGUCAGGCAUACCGUGGAAUCUAUGAUUCGAAGUCGCUUUCAAAAUUCACAAAACGAAGAAGAAAUCGCUGUUUCUGAAGUAGACAAUACCGCUUAUGAAAUCAUCAAUACAUGUCAAGGUGAUACGGACACUUGUGGAAACACGGACUACAUGAAUCUUCGAAUUCAAGCAUCAUGAUAUGUCAUUCUCGUUUCGUAACUUUUUUCCAUACCUACCAAGAAAACGGACUUGCAUAUUCAUAACAUUUAUUAGUUUUACUUUUUGAAGCCUAUUUCAAAGAUAUUUACCCUUAAAGGAUUUUAUAAUUGUAUGCGAUACUUGGCAUUUUCACAAACGAUCAGUUUAUAUGAAUUAUUCUAGUGGUAUAACAUUUGGUUAUACAUGUGUAUAUUCAAAAAUAGCUUUUGAAUUGCUGUUAUGUACUUCAAUAGUGUAACAGACUCGAUCGAGACCGGAUAAUAAUUACCAUUUAAUUAAAAUACUGAAUCUAGCAAGAUGCUUUAUAUUUAUGCUUUGAAUCUAUGUAAUAUAUGUAAACUAUUUUUAUAAUGUGGUAUUUUGUCAUUAAUUCAAUAUUUUUGUACGGAAAGUUAUUACUAUGCUAAAUCAGUGUGUAAGUAAUAUCUUUGUCAUAUCGUUCGUACUAUGCAAGAACAGUAUUGUACUGCCUUUACAUUAAAAAAAGGUAGAGAUAGUAUCAGUAUGAUAAAGUUAACUUCCGUCUUUACUGUAUUUCAAAAGUUAAUGUAUCUAAAUAGUCUGCUUUUUUGAUGACCACAAAUAUGGAACUUGUAAGGUACUUCUUUCCGCAGCAAUUAUCUCCCCUGUCGCUGUUUUAUUGCUGGGGAGACAACUUCAUAUGAGAUAACAUUAUUACUUAUUAGACUUAUCGCUCAUAACAUUUAAACUGUAAGACUUUAUUCUAAAACAUUUUGAAAUGCGAAAUAUUCAAAUUACCUCCAUUAUUAUGCAAAUGACCUCUGAAAUUUCAUUUGAUAUAAAAUGAAAUGUUUUAACUAUAGUUGUACGACGUAUAGUCAUUGCCGUACUGUAUUUACGUAUAUCGGAGCUGGCACUAGAAUUUAUACCGUUUGAAAUUUCUUUGCAUCUUAUUUUCUAUUCAAAAAAGUGGUUUAAAGAUCGAAAACAACUUGAAAAUUCAAAGUUAACGUUUUGAUUUUGCCUUAAUAUUUGGUAUGGAUAUUCUGAUCUUUCUUAUUGACUGUUGAUGUAAAUUGGUUUAUUUGUUCUCUUGAUUUAAUUAAUUUCAAUCAUGUGAUUCAAAUCAACGUAGCCCAUGUUUGUCAAAAAUAGAUAAACAAACAAACAAACAAACAAAACCCAAGAGUUUUUUUUAAUAUUAAUUUAACUAUUAUAUUAGUCAAUGUGCUGAAUAAAAUCUGUGAAAAAGAGUCUGUUUGACUGAGUCUGUGUAUAAGACUUAAUAAAUGUCCUCCAUGAU